UCUGUGUGAGUGGACCAAUUCAGUUUGUCUGUGAUGUGUAUGCCGAGGAACUUAAAACUUACUACCCUCUCCACUACUGUGAAAUGAUCAGAACAAGGGGGAUUCCAUUAUAAAAUGAAUGAGAAACACCAGUCUCUAUUCAAAUUGUGCCAUUACUUUAUGAGAUCAUUAUUUCUGUAAGGAGUUAUAAAGAGUUGUAAUUCUAAGUUGAUUAGUUAUUUGAAUUUGUUUACUUUUGAUUUAACAUGGUGUUUUUGAGUCACAUGUUCGGAUGGGAAAAUGACCAGUUCCCUGAGGUCCUGGUCUUUGGGUAAAGAUGCAUAUAGAAGGGAAAAUAUAGGUUAAUAAGGGAUGACCGUGACUUCAAAUGGAUUGUGAUAUGUGUAUUGCUGAUUUCAUUUUGUGUUUUUGUUUCAAUACAAAUUUCACCAGAUUGGGUUACUGGAGUGUGGGAUUCUUCGAGGGGUUAGGGUGCUAACUUCGUGAUCUGGUAACUUUUCUGAGAGGUCGUCAGUAGAAUAAGGGAGUUAUCAUGGAAGGUGACGUCAGAUCGUGUCUUAAUGGAUGGUGCGAAUCAUUUGACCACAAACAGUGUGUGUAUGUGAACCUCAAAACCCUCCCUAACCGGCUGAAGAAAGAAGACAGGAGUGCAAUGCGACACUGACUUUUAACACUUCUAUCUGAGUCCGAGCCAUAAACUGGGGUGGGGGAGGAGUGCUGAGAGUGCGUGUGGUGUGAGCGUGAAGCUGAAUACAACAGGUUACAGUGAAAUGCUUACUUACAGGCUCUAAUGAAUAGUGCAAAAAAGGUAUUAAGUGAACAGUAGGUAGCUGAAGAAAUAAAAUAACAGUAAAAAGACUAUAUAUAUAGCGAGGCUAUAUACAGGCUAUAUACAGUAGCGAGGCUAUAAAAGUAGCAAGGCUACAUACAGACACCGGUUAGUCAGGCUGAUUGAGGUAGUACGUACAUGUAGAUAUGGUUAAAGUGACUAUGCAUAUAUGAUGAACAGAGAGUAGCAGUAGCGUAAAAUUGAAGGAGGUUAUAGGCAUGGGCCAUGUUAGUAGUAGCAGGGGUUACUUUAGUAGCAUUGUUGGGAUAUCAGUUUAUGAGGACUCAUGUCACAUGGCUUAGUAACUGGGAGACCGAUGGGAGUACAGGGGAGGCUGUUAUUCAAAUGUCACAAAUUAGUGAUCGUGCCAUAAGAGGAGAGUCUAUGUUGUCAGGAAAUGACCCAUGUGUUGCAGUGUGUAUAUCCUCAGGUGAAAGUGUACAUCAAGAUACACCAGGCGGGGGUAUUGGUACAGCAUUGGUUUGGUCCACACACAGUACUCCUUACAGCACCUGCAGCGGUAAAGAUUGUCAUGUCUCUCCUUGGUGGGUGCAUUGUUCUUACGUGAAGUGAGGUCUAGCUGCAUAAUUGGUGAGCUUGAAGACACCAUGGCAGAGGAAAUGGAGCGAAAGAGAGGGAGCGAGACUAGAUUCCACUGUAAGACAUGCAGAUGAGUUGGGUAUGGGAGCUACUUUAAGCAUCAUAGUUUGGGUUGGGUUAGCUGCUUUAUUGGUUAAUGCAUCUUAUGAAAGAGGAUAGAUGUUGGUGUAAUUGUACUCUAAACAACAUGUUUAAGGCAUUCAUGUGAAAGCAUAUACUGUACUGAGUUACCUUAAUAAGAGGAUGUAGGAUUGUUGCAAUGGAGGAGAAUUGGGAACAAAGUGAAAAUGACAUGGCUUGCAAACACCUCUCGGAACCUGGGGCCGGAAAGGGGAAGACUGGGCGAAAGCAUGAGAAGGCUUUUUAGGGAUUUCAUUUUUGUGGAAUCCAGCAGAAAAGUAUCCUGGAGACAUAGAGUCAGGUGAAGAGGGAGUGGGAAUUGUCAUGGUCUCAGUCUUUGGUUUUCAUGCAUAUAUAAUAAUGCAUAGCUUAUCACAUUGUUAAUACUGUUAUGUUUUGUGUGUUUUUGUUGCUUUCCAAGUCUUGUGCUAUCACUCUCGUAGGAAACAGAAGGAGAGAGUGGAGAAACAAAAAGCAGCUCCAACUGACAUGGAACAAGACAGCAGAUUCAGCUGAAAUGUCAUUUUGUUGUGUGAUUAGAGAUGGAAAUAAGAUUGUGUAUGGUGUGAUCAUAGUCCAGGCCAUAAGUCUCCGAAUUUGUAAACCUCCCGGUGGUGAAGGUUUUUUUUAAAUCAUUGUUCGUUCAUUUAUAAUCAUGUUUUAUUUUUAUUUUUUAAAUUCAUUUUCAUUAUAAUUUUUUGUUCAUUUAUAAGUAAUUUCUUGCUUUUUAUUGCUUCUCCCACAACAGGGGAAGCCAUGUCUGUGUCUGAUUUACAGCUGUAUCGACCCUUUGGGAAGAAUUAAACUUGGUUAAGCUUCACUAGUGUCCAGGUCGUCACCAGAGAAAUGCUCACUACAAAACCGUAGAUCCAGUCUUUAGAUGGGAGUGUUUAUGCAUCUUUGCAGGACAACUAACCAAAGCCUCAGUAAAUCUGGGUCCAAAGGAAGUCCGUGAGAAGAUAUCGGACUGUGUUUUCUCUUUGCGUUGUCACAUGUUGGGAUUUCACAUCUGCAAACCAUUUUCAACAAUAUUCAGCUAUUAACCUAACAAAAACUACUUCUGUCCCGUUUUCAUCGCCUGGCUGAUCUCAUGACUGACUAUCAACGUAGCUAGCUAGGUAUCUAGUACUGUAUCUGUGCCAGUAGCGUGCCCCCUAUUUACACACUCGCAGUAGCGAGAGGAAUUGGAUUGAGGAAGUACAUGCAUGGUAGCGAAUAUGCUUGAGCUGUAAAUUAUCGCUUGAGUUCAACUAAAUGGAUUAAAACGUUCGGUAUGACACAAUUUCAUGUGUACAACAUCUAAAGACUAUACUGGAGCAAUAGAGCAUUUGUUCAUGUUUUUGGAUGCCCCGGAACUCCAGAAUGAGGCUGAGGAUGUCAAUUGCUGGUGGGAAAUCAAGGACACUCCCUGCAGCUCUUCAAGAUACAGAAUGUCUUCUCUGAGGCAGUACAGCCAAUCAUCAGUGCUCCCUCUGCCAAUGACCAGAAACCCCUACAACAUGCCUACAAUAAGUUCCUUCUGUACAGAGGACAAUGUGUCAGAAUGUAUCUCAUACAUCAAUCGGGAGGUAUCCUCUCUGGGCUUUCCAUUGCUUUGCACAGAGUCUAACAACGGUCCUGAACUGAAUCUGGUGGCCGUGCUGAACAACGUGUACAACCUGCUCCAGCUGCACCGCCGGUGCCAGCAGACAGUGGAGGACAUUGAAGUGGAGCAGGUCAAGUCCAACAGCAACAUGGACUAUCUGCAGCUCAGCAACACUAGACUGAAGGAUCAACUUGAACUCUCCAAGAGGGAAAACACUGGACUUCUUGAGAGAGAACGUCAGCUACAGCUGAAAGUGAAGAGCUUACAUAACUGCCUGAAAAAUGAAAAAGAAGAGGUACAGAAACUUCAAAGCAUCAUAGCAAGCCGUGCCACUCAGUACAAUCAUGACAUGAAGAGGAAUGAAAGGGAGUUCGGCAAACUAAAGGAGCGCCUGAAUCAGCUUCUGAUCGACAAAAAGGAUAAGAAACAAACGUUUGAAGUAUUGAACUACGUGGGAAGAUCGGAUGGGAAGAGAAGCCUUUGGAAAACUGGGAAGACUGAGGCCAGACAUGAGGGAGAGAUGUAUAAGACUCUACUGAACGACUACGACAGUCGCCACAAGGACCUAUUGAUGGAGAACGCAGAGUUAAAGAAAGUAUUACAGCAGAUGAAAAGGGAUAUGGUCACCAUUUUGAGCCCCAGGAAACCUAGCCAAAGUGGCGAGAAACAUGAUGACAGUCUAGAACAGACCAGCUCAGAAGAGGAUGAGGUGUGUAACUCAAGUAGAGAGAGCCUGGAGCUGUCCUGUGAGCAUGCAAGGGAACAGCUCACCAAUAGCAUUCGCCAGCAGUGGAGGAGACUAAAGAGCCACGUGGAGAGACUGGACAGCCAAGCAUCCUUGGUAGGGGAGAGAGCCAACAUGAACGCCAUCCCCAAAGAGGUCCAUGAAGAGGAGAUGGACAGGCUGAAACUGGAGAUCCAGCAGUAUAAAGACUUCAUCCACACGCAGCAGCAGCUCCUGCAGCAGCUGAACUCCCCAUGUGACGAUGAGACAGCCUCGCUGCUCAACGACUGCUACAUGCAGGAGGAGAAGGAGCGCCUCAAGGAGGAUUGGAAGUCAUUUGAAGAAAAAAGGAAGAACUUUGAGGCAGAAAGGAGGAACUUCACAGAGGCAGCCAUAAGACUGAGCCACGAGAGAAAAGCAUUUGAGGAGGACCGCGCCACAUGGCUCAAACAUCAGUUUUUAAACUUGACCCCAUUUGGAGACCAAAUAAAGCCACAGAUGUCAGAGUCUCAAAGUGCCUUAUCAGGAUGGGCUGAGUCAGAGGUUAGGCCUGUGUCGACUCCAGCAAAGUUAAAUAAAUCACUAUCCCACACGGCUUUCUCCACAUCCAGAGCCUCCCCAGCGAAGACGCCAUCCACGGCAGAUCUGUAUCGCACACACCGCCUUAUCCCAGAAAAAAGCCCAAGCACAAUCCACCCAAAGCAAGACUCCAGCAUCCUUCGCAAUGGUGACGUUCCUGCCCAGCUCCGACACGUGAAUGGAGGAGCAAAUUGCAGAGCAUACACAUUCACUGGAGAUAGAAAUGGCUCCAUUUAAACACAGGGAUAGACACCUUGGCCUUUUCCCAUGACAAUCCAUGCUCUUAAACCAUUCAAUAUCAAGUGUAGUAUCAAAGGUAGUCAGGCACACUUAAAUGGAAUUGCCAAACACAAGAUAUAUUUAGUUCUUGUUUGUAGAACUUUAUCAAAUAAAAAUCUAUAAUUUAACUAGACAAAAAGGACCCGGACAGACGAGGCCCCUGUCUGUGUUUUGAUAGAGCCAUAAUAUUUUGGCUGCUGAGUGGCUCAUUGUAAAUGACAGGGACAAAUUAGUGUGGUUUUUAAUGUAAUGUUGGUGUUUGUAGAAGUCGUUUUGUAUAUAUUUAAUGUCAAAUGUCUUUGUUGUAUUACCUUUUUGUUAAGGUCAUGUAGUUUUAUAAAGUUGAAUGUUUAUCCGUAGGCACUCUGUAAGACAGCGUAAUGUAUUUAUCAUGGUCAACAUUGUUUCCCCCUUAAAUAUUUGAUAGCAUCUUAGAAUGUACUUUUAUUUCAAUGCUGCUGAUACACCAAAGGCAAUAAGAUAUAUUAGUUCUGUCAAUUUCAUAAAUACAUUUAAAUUGUG